AUGUCGAAGCCAGCAACGGGUCCAGCAGGGAUUUCAGCACCAAAGCCAAAGAUGACAGCAGCGCAGAAGAAAAAGGCAGACAAAGAAGAAUUACUGCAGGAAGAACUGAGACAAGCAAGACAGCAAAAACAAAGAGUGGAGGAGAGCGUUCAAAUUGAUCGAGACGCGAAAGCAAAGGAAGAUGAAAAUGAAGGCAGUGACUCCGGCCUAAUUUUCAACAAAUCAGAUCAAAGAGAGCACAAUGAUUACUGGUUAGCUCAUCAAGCUGUUCGAUUUGGAAAAUCGGAACAGUUGAGUAAGGAACAAGCAGCUCUUGCCGAGGCGUCGAAGCAGGACCACAUGGCUGAACACACCGAUGGAUCCGCAAAACAAAAUCCGGUUGAUCAAAACGGCGAGUCAUCAAUGCAACAAAAUCAGAGACCAACAACCCACCAGUCCACAUCAACUCAAGCAGAGAUCUUGAUGCAAGGCACAGGUCAAGAAUCGGACCAAUCAACGGAUGACCUAUUUUUCGAUGCACCGGCACAACAGAACCCAGACCGUGGAGCAGAUUUCUCCACUCUACAAGAUGAUUUCCAACAAUCUAACGUACCCGUGAAGAAUCAGAAGUUGCAAACGGAAGUUGUCAUCAAGACAGCAACUGAUGCCGUAACGAAGCUUGGUAAACCUUGGGCUGGGUCCGCACAAGAGACUUCUCAGGUUUGGAUUAUUCUCAAUGAAUCACAUAUUGGUAUCGAUCCACUUGCUCAUGUCACUCUAAAAUUAGCAAAGGAGAGAUAUGCAGAGCUUAGGUCGUGUUACCCCGGUUAUCUCCAAAUUCUGCCCGUCCACCUCCGCGGUGGAAAUACUACCGUCACUAGAGACACAAGAGCCUCGAAUUCGCAAAACGCUAGGUCGGUUCUCGAAGAGAAUCCCUUGGAUGAUUUACCCGAGUCUGAACCCAAGGCUGUUGAAGCUGCUCCAGCGGAUUGGGCUGAUAGGGAAGACGAGACAUUUCUUGAUUUAAAUCAUACUAAGAAGAAGAGGAAGCCGAGAAGAAAGGCUCUUCCAAAAAUAGAAGACAUUCUCUCAGAAAUCCAGGAGAUUGAAAAUGCAGAAGCUCAAGCUCAGGCUCCUGUCGAAGUAGCAAAGCCAAGAGCAAAGGAUGGAAGCGCGGCCAAGGCUGGUGAGGUUGAUUCUGAAGCCAAUGAAGAUGAUGUCGUUGUCGUUGCGGGAGCCGUUGAGGUUCCUAAAAAGGCAGUAAAAGCUAGAGCAUGGAAGGGAAAGGCGGUGGCCAAGGCUGUUGAGGUUGAUUCCGAAGCCAUUGGUGAUGAUGAAACCGUCCAGGCCCCAGGUCAAGCUCCUUCUAAGUUAACAAAGCCAAGAGCGAGAAAGACAAAGGCUACUGACACUAUCGAGGUUGAUCCUGAAGUCCCUAACAACGACGAGAACAUCCAGGGGCCCGUUGCGGCUCCUAGAAAGGUGCAAAAACCCAGAGCUAAGAGAACCAGGGUGGCUAAGGUUGUUGUGAUUGAUUCUGAAACUGAUAACGAUGAUGAUGAACUUGAAGCUCCUAACGACUCAUUAAAUCAAGGAAAGUCUCAAGUCGCCGCGGUCAAGAAGCCAGCUGCAAAGCGGAGAGCGGUAGCCAAGAAAACCCAGGCUCAAGAUGACGAGAUUGAGGAUGAUGAUGUUCCAAAGCCGACAAAGCCACGCCCCAUCAGAUCAAGAGCAGCUUCAAAGGCAGUCGUAAUCACUGACAGUGAUGACGAUGAUGAUGAAGAAGGUCAAGCAAAACCCAGCAAGAACAAGCCAGCAGCCAGAAAAGUCGCCACGAAGAGCCAGAAGAAAGCCGAACCCGAGAUUCCCCAACACAUUAAGACUCUUCUCAACAAUACAGGCAAAUUUUUGGAGGGCAGAACAUUCGUUGUUUCUGGAACUCUCCCCACCAUCGGCCGCAUCAACAUCGAAAAGCUGUCAAGACUGUAUGGUGCCAAAACAUCAAGAGCCAUUACCAAGGCGACCACGGAUGUUGUUUUGGGCGAGAAUCCUCUCGCUAAGCAAGUGAAGGAGCUUAAGGAACUCAGUCCCAACACGAUGGAUGUUGAUGCGUUCAUCACUAUGCUGAUGUCGUUGUCGAAUGAUAACAACAACUCCGUCGGUGCUGAUGAUGAUAAUUUUGCUGUUGAAGAUGAUGAUGGCGAGGAAGAGAUUGAGGACCAACCCCCUGCAAAACGAGCUAAGAUAGGUGUGGGUCUCAGCUCCGGCUCUUCUGCACUUGCUUAA